ACAGGUGGCUGGCCAGAAAAUGCCCCACCCCACCCGUUGAAAGUUGGGGAAACUGAGGUCUCAGAAGGCGAACACAAUCCUGGAGCACAGGGACCUCCAGGGACCCCCAGCAGGGGCUUAGGGAGAAGGAGGGGAUGAGGCUGGAGUCCCCAGGCCAGAGGGGUGUGGAUGGCCCAAGCUCCAAAGCACACAGAUGUUCAGGCUUGACCCUGGCUCCGGGCUUCCGUCCAACCCUGGCCGCUGCCCCACCCCUCUGCUGCACUGGGGAGAGGGGCAGCUCAGAGCCCUCUGCAUCCUCCCCUAGGGGCUCUGCAUCCGCUUUGGUGGAGGGGGUUGGUUCGGGGAGAGGCCUCGAGGUGCCAAGCCUCUCCCAGAGCAGCCGUCUCUCACAGAAGGGCAGAAGGCAGGUGAGGCUGAUGGCUUUCCCAGCUGGAGGCCGAGGAAGCAGGCUCAGCAGCUCUGGAAAGCUCUCCACAGGACACAAGCAGGAACAGCACUGCAGACAGAGGGAACAGCAGGGGCAAAGAAUGGAGGUGGCAGUGAGGGACAGCCAGGAGGCCUCGGGCCCAGCAAGCACACUGCUGAGUGGGGUGAGGAGGAGCUCCAGAGCCCCACACAAGGACUCAGAGUCAGGGACACAGCAGCGUCCGGCGAGAUGAAGGCGCUCGGACCUGUCCUGCUUGUCCUGCUGCUAUGCGGGCGGCCAGGGAGAGGGCAGGCACAGCAGAAGGAAGAGGAGGAGGAUGACGACUACAGGCCAGAUGGCUACGACGAGGAGGAUGAGGACGAGGUGGAAGAGGAGACCAACAGGCUCCCUGGUGGCAGGGACAGAGUGCUGCUGCGGUGCUACACCUGCCAGUCCCUGCCCAGGGACGAACACUGUAACCUGACGCAGAACUGCUGGCAUGGCCAGACCUGCACCACCCUCAUUGCCCACGGGAACACAGAGUCAGGCCUCCUGACCACCCACUCCACCUGGUGUACAGACAGCUGCCAGCCCUUCAACAAGACGGUCAAGGGGACCCAGAUGACCAUGACCUGCUGCCAGUCCAGCCUGUGCAACGUCCCGCCCUGGCAGAGCUCCCGAGUCCAGGACCCACUGGGCAAGGAGGCAGGCAGCCCCCGGGACAGCUCCAAAACUGUGGGCACGGCCCUCCUGCUCACCCUCCUCGCCGGCCUUGGUGCAAUAGAGGCUGGGAGACCCUGACCCACCCCAGGAGACCCUGACCACGGCCCCUCGCCACCCCCAGGAGAACCUGACCACAGCCCCUCCCCAACCCCAAGAGACCCUCACCACAGC